CUGAGAUACUGAAGAAUUUUCCCCUCACAUUUUGUGCCUGCUUAGCUACCUAGACAGAGCAGCUAUCCAUGGCUCCAAUCCUUGAAUGGAUUCUUCCAAGAGCUACAGGCAGUCCAUAGAACACUUGGAAUUUGCUUUUUCUGACAUUUUUGUAGUCAGCAAUUAUGUCUCAGAGCGGGCACCGGAUCCUGAAAAAGACAUUCUGACUCUCUCUGCUGCGAGACAGACACUGUGGGCUGCAGAUGACUUUGAAGAGGGCUCCGCCACUCAAUACCAGAACAAUGAAACAGAGAAAGGAGAAAACACUGGAAGAGAAUUGGCUAAGAUUACAGGGAUAUAUUUUAUUUAUGUCAAGGAUGAAGAUGCAUAUACAAAAGCACACUAUUUCUAACACCCAGGAACAACAUGAUUUGCAUAGAUCCUUACAUGAAAUUUCAGGAAGAAAUGGACCUCAUUUAUUGGACUACUGCAAAGAUGAAUUGGCCACAGAAGACAGUAAAUCUCAUUUUGGAAAAGUUAUCCUUACUAUUGAAGGCUUCUAUCAAUAUCUAUAAAACAAGAAAGUAAUUUUGAAUAAAGAAGGAA